CUUGUUCUUUACAUUAGAUUGAUCACGACAAAAUGGUUUUAGUUCAAGAUUUAUUACAUCCAUCUCCAGCUACUGAAGCUCAACAACAUAAAUUAAAGACCUUGGUUCAAUCCCCAAGAUCCUUCUUCAUGGAUGUUAAAUGUCAAGGUUGUUUAAACAUCACCACUGUUUUCAGUCAUGCUCAAACUGCUGUCACCUGUGACUCUUGUUCUACCGUUUUAUGUACCCCAACCGGUGGUAAGGCUAAGUUGACUGAAGGUUGUUCUUUCAGAAGAAAGUAAAUUAAUUAGACAUAUCCUAUACUUUAUUUUGCAUAAGAGAUUUGGGUUUUAAUUCGUUUACUUUUUUUAAUAAAAAUCAUCAUAAUAUACGGUCAUUUUUAUAUUACCAACCAUACAACAACAUCAACAACAAAAAGAAUAUGUGGGAUUAGGAAUAUAUUCUUUUUCCAUGUACCAUAGGGUGGGUGUUUAUAUCUACACAAAUUUUGUAUUUAAUACAUAAAAAUCGUUAUAAAUUGACAUAG